UAGAUGCACGAUGGUUUGCUUUGCUCACCUAAACGACAGUGAGAUUUGUAUUUUUUGGUGUGCAAAAAUACAUUUUUUUCUUAAAAGAGGCGGUGCGGUGAUGUCAUCGAGACACUGAUGAGGUAAGAUGAGUUUUGCCUCCUCUCUAUCCUCAUCCAGAACGAGUGAGCAGAACCUUUUGGACUCCUGUUUGGACCUUAAGUUUUUAUGAGGAGUUUUCCUGUAUGCUUCUGGAGCGGUUCUAUACUGUUUUGUGCAUUGUUUUUUUAAUGCAACUGGAUCUUUUUAUUUUUUUUUUAUUUUUAUUUUUUUUUUAGUUCUGUUUGGGAUGUGCCCACAAAAAACAUUUAAUAUGCUCUGUGUAAGGCAUAUAUGAGUGUUUUUUUCACUCCAAAUAUGGAUCGAGGAUGAGAGCAUUUUCAUGGAACUUUUGCCACUUAUGUCCUUUUCGUAAUCAUAUUUUAACAAGGUAUAAUAUAAGGUGAGCAGCGUUUUUUUUUUCUUCCCAUCACAAUGGCGCUGAGCGUGAACUGCAGGACUAACCCCAAAGAGCAGACGUCGGUCCAGAACAGUGUCCCUGACGUCCUGGAGCUCAACGUGGGCGGCCAGGUGUACUACACGCGAUACUGCACGCUGGUGAGUAGCCCGAGUUCCCUCCUCGCCAAGUUGUUCUCCAAAAAGGACGCCUCCAACGACUUAGCCCGAGACCCGAAAGGUCGCUACUUCAUCGACCGCGACGGCUUCCUCUUCCGCUACGUGUUGGACUACCUGCGGGACAAGCAGGUCGUCCUCCCGGACCACUUCCCCGAGAAAGGUCGGUUGCGGAAGGAAGCGGAGUACUUCCAGCUGCCCGACUUGGUGAGGCUUCUCAGCCCGGAGGAGGUGAAGCAAAGCCCGGAUGACUUGUUCCACAGCGACUACGAGGACGGCUCCCAGGGGAGCGAGUCGCGCCACUGCCCGCCGCCCUCGCUCGUCCCCGCGGACAGGAAGAGCGGCUUCGUCACGGUGGGCUACCGGGGCUCGUGCACCGUGGCCCGCGAGGCUCAGACCGACGCCAAGUUCCGCCGCGUGCCCCGCAUCCUCAUCUGCGGCCGAGUGGCCCUGGCCAAAGAGGUCUUCGGGGAGACCCUGAACGAGAGCCGGGACCCGAACCGGACCCCGGAGCGGUACACGUCCCGCUUCUAUCUCAAGUUCAGGCACCUGGAGAGGGCCUUCGACAUGCUGUCCGAGUGCGGCUUCCACAUGGUGGCGUGCAACUCGUCCGUCGCGGCCUCGUUUGUCAGCCAGCACACUGAGGACAAGUUCUGGUCCAGCUACACCGAAUACGUCUUCUACCGUGGCACAUCACGUUGGUCGUCGCCUCCCUGCGGCUGCUGCUGCAAGAACCACAAGGGCGAUGGCGAGGGCGAGGGCGAGAGCGGCACCUCCUUCAACGAGCUCUCCACCUCCAGCUCGGAGAGCCAGUCCGAGGCUGGCUCCCCACAGGGGACUGUCAUCUGCGGCCCGGUCAGCCGCCAGCAGCACCCCCACGGUAACAUCCAAACUCUGGACAGGCCUCUAAAAAAGGGACCCGUCGCAAGGCUCCAGCAGUCGGAACAACGGCGGAAAAGUGACCUGCUGCGUACGCUCACCUCCAGCUCCCGUGACAGCAACACGUGCAAGAAAAGGCCAGCCAAAGAGAAGCUGACGGUGGAGGAAGAGCUGGAUAGGUGCAUUCAGGACUUUCGUAAGAUCAAGAUUCCCGAGAGGUUUCCUGAGCGGAAGUACAUGUGGCAGGCGGACUUGUUAAGAAAGUACCGCCUCUGAGCAUGCAGCGAACUUACCGCUGAAGCCAAGGAUCUGUUUACACGUUUUGUCCAGCGAAAAAGAUAAUUAAACUCUAUCAUUCACCAUUCUGCCAGUUGGUUGAACAGCGACACUCUGAAGCUCAAAAGAAGCAUACAAAACCAGACUGUUCUCUUAUUGACAUAACGUAUGUAGUAUGUGUGUGCGCGUUUAGUUCCCUGCACGCUCUGAUAUCUGCUGUUAUCUCUCUCAGUGAUUAACAGCUUUGAAUAAUUUAGAAGAGGCCCAGAGCAAGCGGGAAGACAGAUGAACCAAAAGGGGGGUCUGUAAUGGUGAUACGAGGAGACGGUGGUUAACGGGAAGGGCAAAAUCAUCAUUUCCCCGAACAUCACAAAAACACAAUUUUACCCACAAACUCCUGAAAAUGUCCACGUGAAAAGGUAUUUGGAGGCGGUCAAGCACCUGCCGAAGCAACAGGUGACGCUACAAGUGUUAGAUCAUUUUAGCAAAUCAGAAACCCAUUAUUGUAUCAUUUAAAGUAUCUGAUCGUAAGUUGAAGGUAAUUCGGAAAAUGAAAGAUAAAGCAACAAACGAAACAAAACAAAAACAACUAAAUAUCUGGCCAUAUACAAGCUAUGAUGAUGUCAUAUAAUGCAGCAAACAAAAACCGCUGGAUUUGAUACAUCUAAAAGGCCAUUUUAGCAAAUCAGAUGCAAGAAGAAAGCCAUUUUCAGAAAAGGCAAAAGAGCAACAAUGACAAAUAAUUUAAAGUAGCUGGUAGUGAAGUUGGAGUUAUUCUGGUAUAAACACUAAGAAGAAAAAGUACUUUAUAUAUUCAUCCCAUAAAAAAUCUGCCGGAUUCUACAAUUUUAGCAAAUCAGAAGUCAGAAGAAAGCCAUUCCUGGAAAAGACACAAACCUGCAAUGGAAUAUAAUUUAAAGAAAUUGAUAGUGAAUACUUGAGAUUAACAUUUCUUUAGCCCGGCAACCACAGUGGCCGAGAAUUAUAAACUAAAUUACAAAAAUGCGAAACACUUUUACCAAAUCCGAAACAAAUGUACAAUUUGUGGAAAAACUCAAUUACAAUGUAAAAUUGCCCAAAAGUGAAUGAAACGGAAAGGGUGGUUUAAAUUUGUUUCAGAGUUGGUAUAAGUAGUAUACAUUUUUGUGGUUUUCUUCUUGGCCAGGUCCACAUCACUGUCAUGAACAGAGAAAAAUAGCAAGUAAUCGAUGCCCCACCCAAAUCUUUUGUCUCUCAGUCGAGAUGCACUACUUUAAAUUACUUCCUUGACACCAAUUACUGCUUCACUAUUAGUCAGGGUUGUGACACCAUCUUGAGGCAUCUUAGGACAUAAUAGAAAGAGCACAAAAAACAUGGCUAGGCUGUUGUUGUUUUUUUUUCAGUGAAAAGAUGAAGAUAUGUUCCACAGGAAACAAUUUUUGAAUACUAAGCCGUGGCGUUUACUAUAAAAUGUUUUGUAUAGUGAAGUAACGUCACUGUCUAUCACGGGCGGAAGCGGUGGGCCCACAUAGCAAAGGAAAUACGUAAAGAAAUGUCUGUGGGGUCCUCGGUUAUUGAAGUUUAAAAUUUUGUAUGCAAGUCGGAACGUAGUCUGACUAACGUUUGCCAACUCAGUAGUAUCAUCACAAUACACACAGUAAGUACUGUAUUUGUAUUGCAAGUCAUUUGUAACUUCGAAGCUUUGUACCAACAUAAACUGAGAACCCGCUGUCUGUGAGUGUUCGCACUUAGGUAGACCCCAAGGUCACGGCUAUCUACAUCAGGAGCAGUUUAACUCUCUUGAUAGUGCUGUCACUCUAGUAGCGCUGCACGGGUACACAAACUCUUUUUUUUUUUUUUCUUGCACUUCAGAGGCGGGAAAUAUUCCAAUUUCAUCAGCGGCCCAAAUUAAUUUUCUUGUUCUAAUAUCAGUUCUAUUGCGAAGGCGCACCCCCUGAGUGAAUCGCAGAGCCGUGAAUUGCUUUGGCUCCUGCAGAGCAAUUUCCGAGAUGGGCAAUAAAGCGAAGGUUUUGAUGGUCAAAUCAUAGAGAACUACACGGGCGCCAUAAAAGUCCUGAUGAAGCGCACACCCACCCACACAAAUGUUUCCUUGUAUAUUGCUCGUGCUUAUCACGGGUUAUAUUAUACAGUAUAAAAAAAAUUGAAAAUCCAACAAACACUGUGAAUAUUCAUGCAGUUGUUCAACAAGCACAUAGCAAGAAAUAUAUACUAACUUUUUUCUUUCCCGACUGUUGACAAGCUGAUCAAUAGUUAUUGACGAGGGGCUCCGGUGACAGCGCUGGUAUGUGGUUCUUGUUUACAGUUAUUAAUGAAGCCAUUUAACUGAAGUAAUUUCGUCUUUUAAUAAUAAAAAAAAGCAAUUUUGAGGAUUUAUCCAUAGAACCAGAUAUGAUUCAUAUUUAACUCCUGUGUUCAGAGCUUGUAUUCAUGUAUUCAUGAAAAAUAGACCUAUAUACAAUCAAAGCGUGUUGUGAAUUACAAAAUGUAGACUUAAGUUAAGUUUAAAAGCACAAAAUAAGGCUAAAUAUUGUAUUUAUAAAAAAAAUGCCCUUGCUAUGUUAAUAUAAAUUGCUGAAAUUAAAAUGCUUUCCAAUAUUUAUUUUUCUACCUGAAGGCCUAUGGAGUAAUAAAAUCAGUUAUGUUGUUCAUUUUCCCAUUUGUUUUGGGUUUAGAUUUAUUAUAUGAUAGCGUAACAAUAGAUUAUCACACAAAUUCACCCAUGAUUAAUUUUUCUACGUUUCAAGCUAAGAAAGCAAUGUAUGAUAUGUAAAUAAACACCAUAAAUCUAAGCAUAUUAAUUCGGUAUUAUACUCCUUGUACAUAACAUCCAAAUGUAUUGGGUUUCUUUGUGGCCAGGCACUCAGUACCAUUAAUGAGUUACAGACAUAUGUUAAGACAUAAGUUUUAUAUUGCCGCAUGGAAAAUGAGGAAAAUAAAAAAUACACGCAAUCAAGGCGGCACGGUGGCCACGCAAUUAAGGCGGCACGGUGGACGACUGGUUAGAGCGUCAGUUCUGAGGACCGGGGUACAAUCCCCGGCCCCGCCUGUAUGGAGUUUGCAUGUUCUCCUUGUGCCUGUAUGGGUUUUCUCCGGCCACUCCGGUUUCCUCCCACAUCCCAAAACAUGCAUGGUAGGUUAAUUGACGACUCUAAAUUGCCCGUAGGUGUGAAUGUGAGUGUGAAUGGUUGUUUGUUUGUAUGUGCCCUGCAAAUGGCUGGCAAUCAGUUCAGGGUGUACCCCGCCUCCUGCCCGAUGAUAGCUGGGAUAGGCUCCAGCACGCCCGCGACCCUAAUGAGGAGAAGCGGCUCAGAAAAGGGAGGGAUGGAUAUAAAAUCACAUCUUUCUUUCUCCCCGUUUAUGAGAUUUCUGUUAAGACCAACAUAAACUGAUCAAUCAUUCAUGAAGCUGUCCCCAAAUAACAUAUUUUCAUGACCAGAAGUCUUCAAGUCCCAAAUGGGAAUCAGAUGGUGUCAACAGAGAAAGGAAGAACUGAAAAACCUUAAAAACAUAAAUAUAGUACAUAGUAAGUAGGGAUGGACAUAAUUUGAAGAUUAAUGGAUUGAGUCACAAAGUUUCAUGGAAUUCCAUAAUAUGUCAUUGGUAUAGUUAUUUUUGUAAUUAAUAAAGGAUUAUUAUUAUUACAAUAAAUGAUCAUGUUUAUGAAAGUGUGAUGUGCGCUUUGUAGUUUUUCACAGUGUAGUUUUUGCGUAAUCUUUCAUUUAAAAAAGGGGUUACAUCAUUACUUCAAUGCGUUGUUGAUUAGUCCCAGCUGACUUGCUGUCCAAAGAAAAAUCUGUCAUUUUAUUCGUUACAUAAACAAAGAAACCCAUCCAUCCAUCCAUUUUCUACCGCUUAUCCGAGGUCGGGUCGUGGGGGCAGUAGCUUUAGCAGGGACGCCCAGGCUUCACUCUCCCCAGCCACUUCAUCCAGCUCUUCCGGGGGGGGAUCCCGAAGCGUUCCCAGGUCAGCCGAAGGAUGUAGUCUCUCCAGCGUGUCCUGGGUCGUCCCCGGGGUCUCCUCCCGAUGGGACAUUCCCGGAACACCUCACCGGGGAGGCGUCCGAAUCAGUUGCCCCAGCCACCUCAUCUGGCUCCUCUCGAUGUGGAGGAGCAGCGGCUCUACUCUGAGAUCUUCCCGGAUGACCAAGCUUCUCACCCUAUCUCUAAGGGAGAGCCCGGACACCCUGCGGAGGAAACUCAUUUCGGCCACUUGUAUCCGGGAUCUUGUUCUUUUGGUCACGACCCACAGCUCGUGACCAUAGGUGAGGGUAGGAACGUAGAUCGACCGGUAAAUCGAGAGCUUCGCCUUUCGGCUUAGCUCCUUCUUUACCACAAUGGACCGAUACAAAGUCCGCAUCACUGCAGACGCUGCACCGAUCUCCCGUUCCAUUCUUCCCUCACUCGUGAACAAGACCCCAAGAUACUUGAACUCCUUCACUUGGGGCAGGAUCUGAUCCCCGACCUGAAGAGGGCACGUCACCCUUUUCCGACUGAGGACCAUGGUCCCAGAUUUGCUCAAACUGCUCCAGUGAGAGUUGGAGGUCACGGCUUGAUGCAGCAAACAGAACCACAUCAUCUGCAAAAAGCAGAAAUGCAAUACUGAGGCCACCAAACCGGACCCCCUCUACGCCUCGUCUGUGCCUAGAAAUUCUGUCCAUAAAAGUUAUGAACAGAAUCGGUGACAAAGGGCAGCCUUGGCGGAGUCCAACCCUCACCGAAAACGAGUCCGACUUAGUAUAUGGAUAUGCGGAUCAAGGUCUGACUCCGGUCGUACAGGGACCGAACAGCCCGUAUCAGGGGGUUCGGUACCCUAUACUCAUAAAGCACCCCCCCACAGGACCCCCCGAGGGACACGGUCGAACGCCUUCUCCAAGUCCACAAAACACAUGUAGACUGGUUGGGGGAACUCCCAUGCACCCUCGAGGACCCUGCCAAGGGUGGAGAGCUGGUCCACUGUUCCACGGAGCUUUUUAACCACCUCCUCAACUCCAAAGAUAGGAGAGCCCGCCUCAGAAAACCCAGACUCUGCUCCCUCAUGGGAAGGCGUGUCGGUGGAAUUGAGGAGGUCUUCGAAGUAUUCUCCCCACCGGCUCACAACGUCCCGAGUUGAGGUCAGCAGCGCCCCAUCCUCCUAUACACAGUGUUGAUGGUGCACAGCUUCCCCCUCCUGAUACACCAGAUGGUGAACCAGAAUUUCCUCGAAUCCGUCCGGAAGUCUUUCUCCAUGGCCUCACCGAACUCUUCCCAUGCCAGAGGUUUUGCUUCAGUGACCACCAAAGCUGCAUUCCGCUUGGCCAGGCGGUAGCCAUCAGCUGCCUCAGGAGUCCCACAGGCCAAAAAGGCCAGAUAGGACUCCUUCUUCAGCUUGACGGCAUCCCUCACCGCUGGUGUCCACCAACGGGUUCGGGGAUUGACGCCACCUUACGGCCACAGCUCCGGUUGGCCGCGAGCAAUGGAGGCGCGGAACAUGGUCCACUCAGACUCGAUGUCCCCCGCCUUGAGCAAACAUGAGCAAAUUUCUGUCGGAGGUGGGAGUUGAAACUCCUUCUGACAGGAGAUUCCGCCAGACGUUCCCAGCAGACCCUCACAAUAAGUUUGGGCCUGCCACGUCGGACCAGCAUCUUCCCCCACCAUCGGAGCCAACUCACCACUAGGUGGUGAUCAGUUGACAGCUCCACCCCUCUCUUCACCCGAGUGUCCAAGACAUGCAAGUCCGAUGUCUCGACCACAAAGUCGAUGAUCGAACUGCGACCUAGGGUGUCCUGGUGCCAAGUGCACGUGUGGACACCCUUAUGCUUGAACAUGGUAUUCGUUAUGGACAAGCCGUGAUGAGCACAGAAGUCCAAUAACAGAACACCGUUCGGGUUCUGAUCAGGGGGCCCGUUCCUCCCAAUCACGCCCUUCCAGGUCUCACUGUCAUUGCCCACGUGAGCAUUGAAGUCCCCCAGCAGAACGAUGGAGUCCCCAGCGGGAGCGCUCUCCAGCACUCCCUCCAAGGACUCCAAAAAGGGUGGGUACUCUGAACUGCUGUUUGGUGCAUAGGCACCAACAACAGUCAGGACCCGUCCCCCCACCCAAAGGCUGAGGGAGGCUACCCUCUCGUCCACCGGGGUGAACCUCAACAUACAGGUACCGAGCCAGGGAGCAAUAAGUAUACCCACACCUGGUCGGCGCCUCUUACCGUGGGCAACUCCAGAGUGGAAGAGAGUCCAACCCCUCUCGAGAGGACUGGUACCAGAGCCCAAACUGUGCGUGGAGGCAAGUCUGACUAUUUCUAGUCGGAACCUCUCGACCUCACACACCAGCUCGGGCUCUUUCACUGCCAGAGAGGUGACAUUUCAUGUCCCUAGUGCCAGCUUCUGUAGCCGGGGAUUGGAUCACCAAGGUCCCCGCCUUCGGCCACCGCCCAGCUCGCACUGCACCCGACCCCUAUGGCUCCUCCCACAGGUGGUGAGCCCAUAGGAAGGGGGACCCACAUUACCCUUUCGGGCUGUGCCCGGCCGGGCCCCAUGGGUGCAGGCCCGGCCACCAGGUGCUCGCCUUCAAGCCCCAUCUCCAGGCCUGGCUCCAGAGGGAGGCCCCGGUGACCCGCGUCCGGGCAAGGGAAACCUGACUCCAUCGUUUGUCGUCAUCAUAAGGGGUCUUUGAGCCGUGCUUUGUCUGGUCCCUCACCUAGGACCUGUUUGCCAUGAGUGACCCUGCCAGGGGAAUAAAGCCCCAGACAACUUAGCUCCUAGGAUCAUUGGGACACACAAACCCCUCCACCACGAUAAGGUGACGGCUCAAGGAGGGCUAACCAAAGAAACAUUAUUGGAAUAUAUAUGAAAAAAAAUUAAUUGAAAAAAUCUAUAACUAUCUAGAAUUAACAUUAAAAAAAAAUUAUAUUAAUUCAUGAUUAAUUUCCCAUCAUUGAUCAAACAAAUGGAAUAAAAAGCCUAAAUUAGACAAAAAAUAUAUAUAUUUUCUAACUACUUUAGUGCCCAGACCUCCCUAAAUGUUAAGAGCAAAUAUUAGAACCUUUUAAUCAAGUUUGAAUCGGCCAAUGACUACAAUUCCACGUUGCUUUCCAGUGCGCUGAAUUAAACAAAUGUGGCACUCAUUUCAGUAAUAUACAGACUUAUUCCACGAAAGCGAGCACAAAUAAAAAAACUCCUUUUACAGGUAUUAGUUUGUGUUGUGAUGGAGGUUAAAGAAAGGCCAUUAGCGGCUCCAGGGGAAGCGGCACAAUCUAUGACGAAUGGCUUCCAAUGACAACACUAAGGGACCAUCCAGUGUUCGCUAUGUGUGGCAUUUGGAACGUUCUACUCAUCCUUUUGACUUGAGGCACUUUAUUGCGAUUUAAUUGACUCUAAGGCUGACCGAAGAAUCCUAAUUCUACACCUGGACACCGUGAUUUGCUAAGAAAUGUAGAAAAAUGUAAUGGACGCUGCCUUAGCCUGUGCCUCACUCCUUGAAGUUGAAAGAAAAUCAGUUAGGUAGUUAUUACAUAAUUCUGCCAACUAACAAACAAUGCAAAGAAAUGUGAAUCUAACAGCAGUGAAUAUAGGUAACGGCUGCUCCAAACAUUACAUUAAGAUGGACAACUGUUGUUUUAAAAGAGGCGAGACCUCUAUGGAUUUUGACCAUCAUUUGAAGGCUUUAUUAGUAGUGAUGGACAAUACCACACACUGACUUACAUUAACUUAAAUAGACAGUCCAUAUUGCUACUGAUAUUAAUACCGAUACCAACAUCAAUACAAAUUCCCAAUGGAGAUACCAAUAUCAUUACCAAUACACUGGGUCCUUGGUUUACGACGGAGUUCUGUUCCUACUGCAGCGACUUAACCUAAAUUUGUAUGUCACCUGGCUGUAGUAUCACCUAUGCUAACACAGUAGUAAAGUCAAAAUAACAGUAAUUAUUUGUUUGAAAAACACUUCAAGGCCAUAGAUAUAAAACACUCAAACGAAAAUUUGUAAGUACGGCGGUAUAACUGAGCGUGCCUUUUUGCACCGCGCGUGACGUAGCAAACCCGUCCACUGUGCACCUUUCCUAACCUUGAAAUGUUCUCGUUACCGUCGUAAGCCGAGGAACGUCUCUACAUUUAAAAAAAAAAAUAUGAAAGUUAACAAUAAACCUCCCUUUUUAAGUUUUCAGCAUCUGAAGCAGGUCCACGAUAUGCAACGCAAAAAAAUUUAAAAAUUGCCGCAAAUUGGGAGGUUGAAUCGGUUAAUAGGCUUUCAAUUAUGCUGUAACUGUAAUCUAAUGUACAAUUAACACCUAUGACAGUGUCAGCAAAAUUGCGAAUUAUUAUUCAUUCAAAUUAAUUAGUACGGAUAUUAUGUCUUAGGAAUAGAAGACAGUUGGUAUCUGAAUAUUUCAGUAUCAAUCCGCCCAACACUGUUUAUCAGUAGUGUGACAUAUGGAUGUAAACACUUCUCAAAGGGUUUUGAAGCCAUAGACCAUUUAAAAAUACAGAAGGAAAGCACAAUUUUUGCAUCUAUAUCUUAAGACUUUCAACCACAAAUUAGCCAUCGGUGAAACCAGUUCGUCAUGCAUAUCACCAUCAUGUCAGACAAUGAUCUACUUGUCGCUUUUGAGUUCAAUCACAAUCAAAAUUGUAUGUUCAGAUGUAUUCAGACAUUAUGGAGGUGUAGCUUUACAAACACAUUUCGCACAUCCGUUUUGGAGUGUUUUUUUUUUUUUUUUGCUGUUUUGGUUUAAUACAGCAGUGACACCCGGAGGCCUUGUAGACAAGACGACAGAUCUUUUUGCACAAUGUAUGGAGUCCUAUAAAAAGAACAUUAUACUUCAUUAAAAGGACUUAAUAUUCAUAAUCCUUUUGCAUAGAGCCCUAAGUCUUCCAUGUGACCAUCAAACUAUCUGGUGACAGAGGUCCAGAGAUGAAGGGUUUUCUCGACUAGAACUUUUUUGGACUCCAACCUGCAACAUUCUUGUAUGAAGUCAAAUGUGAGGUAUGAAAAGUUGUUUAUCGAUUCUACAUAAAGUUUUGCCUGCGUGCAAAUUGGGCCGCAGUUCUGGUUCUCUCCUGCCUUUGACUUUCCUGUAAACGAUAAGAGAAAAAUCACAUUCUCAGCACAUAUUGUUUGAAACUAAAGGGCGUGAUAUUGUGUCGUAUGUUUGUCCUGAUACACACACAGAAACACACAGAAAAAAAUGGUUCUGAAUUGUUGUAAGCAUGUCGGUAUUCUACGACAGAUUAGUCUGUUGUUGUGAAGAAUCUUUUUGUCAAAACUGCUAUUUAACUUUACAAAAAAAAAAGAAGAAAAGCACAAAUAUGUCGAUCGUGUCUAAUGUUCCUUUAGAGAUGUAUGAAAUUAUCCAAUAAAAUUCCAACUCUGGAAUGCA